AUGGGGGUAGAACCCAGCGGUGGUGACCUUACACUGGGUGAGUCCUGCAACAGUGAGUCCUGCAACAGUGAGUCCUGUAGCAGUGAGUCCUGCAACAGUGAGUCCUGCUACAGUGAGACCUGCAACAGUGAGUCCUGCAACAGUGAGUCCUGCAACAGUGAGUCCUGCUACAGUGAGACAUGCAGUAGUGAGUCCUGCAACAGUGAGUCCUGCAGUAGUGAGUCCUGCAACAGUGAGUCCUGCAACAGUGAGUCCUGCAGCAGCGAGACCUGCAGCAGUGAGACCUGCAGCAGUGAGACCUGCAGCAGCAGUGAGUCCUGCAGCAGUGAGACCUGCAGCAGUGAGUCCUGCAACAGUGAGUCCUGCAGCAACAGUGAGUCCUGCAGCAGUGAGACCUGCAGCAGUGAGUCCUGCAGCAGUGAGACCUGCAACAGUGAGACCUGCAGCAGUGAGUCUUGCAGCAGUGAGUCCUGCAGCAGCAGUGAGUCCUGCAGCAACAGUGAGUCCUGCAGCAGUGAGUCCUGCAGCAGUGAGUCCUGCAGCAGUGACUCCUGCAGCAGUGAGUCCUACAACAGUGAGACCUGCAACAGUGAGACCUGCAGCAGUGAGUCCUGCAGCAGUGAGUCCUGCAGCAGUGAGUCCUGCAGCAGUGAGUCCUGCAGCAGUGAGUCCUGCAGCAGCAGUGAGACCUGCAGCAGUGAGUCCUGCAGCAGUGAGUCCAUGCUGUCUGUUUGA